AUGAGAUGGGGCAUUACAAGGCGACUUAUUCUUCUUAAUACAAAGAUAUGUGCUUUGGAGUCACGUCUUGGAACACGUCAAUUAUCAGAAGAUUUACAAAAGAAAUUAUGCGUAGAAAUUGGUGCUUCGUAUGAAACAAUGCAACUUGAAAGACAGAAAUUUACUCAAGAAGUUGUAAAUGAAGAACGAAAAAUAGUUAAUGAAGUGGUGAAAUCAGAAAAUGAGGCUCAGUACGACACAAUGCAUGGAGUAUCUGAUGUUUUCAAAGUUCACAAAGGCGGAAAAGUUGAAUCUAAACCUGUUCCAGACAAAGUAAAAAAAAAGCAAGAUGAAGAUGAAAAUUUGUACGAGAACGUGCCAAAAGGUCAAAAACAACCACCAAAUAAGGAUGUAAAAACAAAACAAGACGAGGCACCCCCAGAAAUCAAAGUACCAGAAGUUGCUGGCAUGGUAGAUGAAUUAGAUCCUAGGUAUCAUACGCUUGCUGGCAUGCAGAACGAAAAAAUCUUCGAAAAAAAAGGAGAAAAUAAAAUAGGAGGUUCGUCGCAAGAUGAAACACAAGAAAUUAAAGCACCGACAGUAGGUGGUAUGGUAGAUGAGGCAGAUCCAAAUUAUCAAACUUUGGUUGGCAUGCACAAUACCAAAGUUUUCGAAGCAAAAUAAUCACACAUUAUCAAUUCAUAA